GACUGAGAUGUUUUCGGUGGGCUCUUCCGCUCCCAAGAACUAUUCCAGCUCAUAGGCAACCCUGAUACAGAAAAUGGACGGCUAGCUUUUGAUUGUUGACACAUUGAACACAUUCCAGCCCAUCACUCUCUGCAGACUUAAUAUUGUGGCCGCGUGAUUCACCACAAGCACGCCUUCACCCCCCCCAAGCGCGACAAGAUCUUGGCGAGAGUAGAAUUAAAGCUCUCGUGACCUCACUCACGCCUACAUGCCUUCAUCAGCCUUAUGGUAUGCCAUACCUGCCUGUUCAAUCUAAAGAAAGCCUACUGAGCCCCAUCUGUAUGGCAACACCUACACGUUCUUUUUUUAGGGCCACUGGCACUUCCUCAUUCUCCGUUUUUUUAAUAGCCUCCUCAGACUCGGGAGGGGGGAACCAGCAAUCCAUGUGUCGGAAAAAGGAUGUGAGAUGCUAGCGAGGUUGAGCGCGAGAGCUUCCCAGGGACUCGGGAACAGCUGCUCAUACGCACUGACGGCGGUGCGCACUGUCUGGAACUGAGAGUGCCUCCAUCCACAGGAGGAACAAGGCUGUUUUCACGCGUGUGUGACUGUCUCCGUUUCAGGCCGCCUGAAAUAGCUGGUCUCGCAAUGACUCAUCUUCAGCUUCCCACAGGGAGCUUUGCACUUGUGCUGCCAACACACACAUGUACACACGUGUACACACACGUAUACCAUGCACGAUGUCACAACUUUCCGGGGAUGCACUGAACUUGUCUUUCGAGAUGAUGCCGCCGCCAUUCUCCCCGGACUGUUCUCGAUGCCUUCGACACAAAGGGGGGGGGGAUGGAAGUUCCCUCAGGAAGCCUCGUUCAGACGUUUGGCGACGAUUUCCUCCUACCGCUGACGAUUUCUCUAAAACUGCUCAACUUCCUCUAAAAUGCGUGUGGAAUAAUAUGUCGGCUACUCCUGUGUGUACCUUUCAAAUCCGUACCUUCAUCUUUAGAUCAGAAUCAGCACAGCCAGGUCUGCACAUGGGGGCGGGCAAGAGCAAGCCCAAGGAACCGGGCCAGCGCUCCAUGAGCGUGGACGGCACCAUCGGGACGGGUUCCGACAGCGGACACUUCCACCACCUGGGUCCCGCCCAGCAGACCCAAACCCCAAACAGGAGCCCGGCGGUGGGCACGGGCCGGCGGGGAUACCAGGGAUACCAGCACGCGCCCACCAACACUCCGGAAAUGUCUCUCUUCGGAGGAGUUGACCACACGGGCGCUGUCACGUCACCUCAGAGAGGACCUUUGGCAGGAGGUGUCACCACAUUUGUGGCGCUUUAUGACUAUGAGUCACGGACGGCGUCCGAUCUGACCUUUCGGAAAGGCGACCAGCUGCAAAUUGUCAACAACACGAAAAAGUACAGCUUCAGAGAAGGGGACUGGUGGUUAGCUCGCUCCUUGACAACCGGAGGGAGCGGUUACAUCCCCAGCAACUAUGUGGCGCCGUCCGACUCCAUUCAAGCGGAAGAGUACGUCACACGUAAUACGCGGUGUAGUGCAAACUCAACUAACCUCUGCGGCUGGCUGGCCCGCUUUUCUACUUUUGGCAGGUGGUAUUUUGGGAGGAUAACUCGGCGAGACUCGGAAAGGAUCCUUUUGAAUUUACAGAAUAGACGAGGAACCUUCCUGGUGAGGGAGAGCGAAACCACCAAAGGAGCUUACUGUCUUUCGGUGCUGGAUUACGACAACACCAAAGGCCUGAAUGUGAAACAUUACAAGAUCAGGAAGCUGGAUAGCGGCGGCUUCUACAUCACGUCCCGCACGCAGUUCACCAGUCUGCAGCAGCUCGUCUUCCAUUAUCGCAAGCACUCUGAUGGGCUGUGCCACGCCCUGACCGAUGUGUGCCCCGUGGCUAAGCCCCAGACCCAGGGACUGGCUCGCGAUGCCUGGGAGAUCCCUCGAGAGUCCCUCCGGCUUGACCUUAAACUCGGCCAGGGCUGCUUCGGAGAGGUCUGGAUGGGCACGUGGAAUGGUACAACGCGGGUGGCCAUCAAGACCCUGAAGCCGGGCACCAUGUCACCAGAGGCCUUCCUGCAGGAAGCGCAAGUCAUGAAGAAACUCAGGCAUGAGAAGUUGGUUCAGCUCUACGCCGUGGUAUCCGAGGAACCCAUCUACAUCGUCACUGAGUACAUGAGCCAAGGCAGCCUACUGGACUUCCUCAAAGGAGAAGCGGGAAAAAUGCUUCGACUGCCUCAGCUGGUGGACAUGGCCGCUCAGAUCGCAGCGGGGAUGGCGUAUGUGGAGAGGAUGAACUACGUGCACAGAGACCUACGUGCCGCCAACAUCCUGGUGGGAGACAACCUGGUGUGCAAGGUGGCCGACUUUGGACUGGCCAGACUCAUCGAAGACAACGAGUACACUGCCAGGCAGGGCGCCAAGUUCCCCAUCAAGUGGACGGCGCCCGAGGCGGCGCUUUACGGCCGUUUCACUAUCAAGUCGGACGUGUGGUCCUUCGGGGUGCUGCUGACAGAGCUGGCCACCAAAGGCCGAGUUCCUUAUCCAGGCAUGGUAAACCGCGAGGUCCUGGACCAGGUAGAGCGCGGCUACCGGAUGCCCUGCCCGUCCGAGUGUCCCGGCUCCCUGCACGAACUCAUGCUCUCCUGCUGGCGGAAGGACCCCGAAGAAAGGCCCACCUUUGAAUACCUACAGGGCUUUCUGGAGGACUACUUCACCUCCACGGAACCCCAGUACCAGCCUGGGGAGAACCUAUAGAAGCGCACGUGUGCGGAAAUGUACACACACACUGCCACACUCAAACACAUUCACUCAAAACACCUCAGAGGAAGCCUCUGUGCUGUCAUGGACCUAGAGAAGCUUCUUUCUGGAGACUUUGAGGAGUGAGGUGCAAGACUGAUGUGAAAGGGUCCAAAUACAAUGGGGGAAGGGAAGGUCUGAUGAAACUUACUGUACUUCUUUUCCCCUCCCGCAAAAGACACUGGGCCCAAGAGCCCAUUUUACGCUCCCUGAAAAAGCGGGCAACUUUUCUCCAGAAUGAGGUGAACAUUUGCUACCGGGAGUUUUGUUAUCUGGGGGGGGGGGGGGGGGUGUAAAACUUCCCUCAAAGUAAAUUGGGAGUCUUCAUGUAUCACCGUACCUUUCGUUGUUCCAAUUAUUUUUUUCACUUAACUUAAGCAGCGGCAUGUCUGAAGCUUGCUUGCAAAAAAAAAUCAACUGAGCUCAUAUGUGGGGAAACUGGAAAGAAAAAAAACAACAACCCUAACCUUCAAUUUUAUAAAGUUAUUUUUCCCGAGGAAGUUUCCAAAUCCCUCGUAUUUAUAUAGGACAGAAGUUUGGAGAACACUUCUCCCUUCCUGUUGUGUCGAAAGCAAUUCUGAUGCAUUUCAUCUUCCGUUUUUGUGGGCUGCCCUCUUAGCGUCCCUCCACUUUUGAACUACUGCUGCUGCUGCUGCUGCUGCUGCUGCUGCUGCUGCUGCUGCUGCUUUAUUGUUCUUCAAACUCCUUGGUGUUUACGUGGAGAUGAUCGCAGUCGUGAUAAUCAUUAAGCAUGGUUGUUCAGGUUGUUCAAAUCAGGCCAAACCCAGCGAGGCAUUUCGGUGUCCCUCCCAAACUGCCGUUUUACUAGCUCAAGUUGGAAUUUGUAACGAUUCCCUUUCUUGUUUUUCUUUCUCCCCAAACUUUUUGAACUUAAUCAUCUCAUUGUUGACAAAGCUGAAGUGGCUCUAGACCUGCUGACAUCGACAGUCCUCCCGCCACACUCGCCAAGAAUGUGUGUUGCCCUCGUUUUUUGCUUUGUUUGAAGUUGGAGGUUCUGCUCUCUGAAAACAAUUUGACGAAAGGUCAUUUGAGCAUUUAUUUCUCUGCAUCUGUGCCAAAAGAAUACGAGCGCUGUCCGUCCGUUUACUCUGAGAGGGAGCUGACAUAUGCUUUCAGAAUAAAUCCCCGCUUAGUUCGUUAGCUUCCUAUUCCAAGUUUGCGGAGGAAAUAUGCAAGCGUGUGGCUUUGAUGGAAAUGAGGUCAUUCUGUUCAAAGGAAGAAAAUGGGAUCGAUUGGGAAAGCGGUUAAGCAUUUGUAAUUCUGCUGUACAUUGACCACGCUGCGUUUAACGAUUACGUGGAUGCCGUCGACUGACGUAUCAUUUCAUCCCCUGUCGUCGUCGUCGCACUGUACAUAGUAAAGCACUCCAAACGUUGCUUUUGUAUCAUAAUGGCAGAUAUGUAUUUAUUUAUGUUGGCUGUCACUCACUGAAUUUUUUUUAAUCAGUAGAUCAAAUCAGUUUGCUGCCAACCUAUAUAACAAUGACAGAAGCAGCAAUAAGAGUCCUCAUACAAACAGACCCAGUGUUGUGUUCAAGGGUGAAUAUCAAAGGAUACACACCCUUGUUGAAAUCUGCGGCUUUUCUCAAAAUGUUUGGAGUCUUAUUUUUAUUCAAGUACAAAAACGUGCCAUUUGAACAGGGGACCUUUUCUAUAUUUCAGGGGUGGCCAACCUACUGCCUACAGUAGCAUUUGAAAAAGGUUUUAUUUUUUCAAAUUUAAAAGAAGGGCAUUGUUGAAACAUUUUAGAGAGUUCAUGACAUUAGUUACAUCCGUUAAGGGAUUUUCUGCAUUUAAUGUUUUGUUUACAAAAAGGAGGAGCUAUAUUACAAAAUAAUGAAUUUGUGUUGUUAUCAAAGAAAUGAUCAUUUAAACAACAAAAGAUAUAUGCAAUACAGUAUACAUAAAGACAUUUCAUCAAUGGCGCCAGACUUGAAAAAUUGGCAAAAGGUGACCCACCCCGAGGUGAAUUUGCAAGCCCACAAGUAUUUGGACAAAAUGUUGAAAUAAUGAACGUCAAAGAUGUAAAUAGUAUCGUCUGACUGUGACUAUCAAGUAAUUACUGUACUCUUUUAUCCAACUGAGGCUUAUUGUAUAAUAUUUUCUACCUAAUGUGAUUCGAGGAGCUUUUAAUGAGAUGCUACUGUAUUUUUCUCUGUCUUUUUUUUUUACCCAUAUAGACAACACAAUUUGGGCUUGACUUAAAGUUCCAAGAACAACAACAGUGUGUGUCCCCCCCCCUUCAUUUUUUUGUGUUUGUUGUGACUCACUGAAGAGGAAAAAAUAGGAUGUGUGAAUAAAGCCAAGGUCUGAUUGGAAAA